AUGGACCAACCCACCCCUCCCCCGAAGAGUCCCACACCGCCGCAGCCGCCGCCGCCGUCGCGCUCGUCCACCGGCGCCGUUACUCUUUCCGGUCUCCUCCCCCCCGCCUCCCUCAUCGACUCCCUCUUCCUCACCUGCUCCGACCUCUCUUCCCUUUCUUCCCCCUCUCCCGUCCACUCCCUCCACACCCGCAACACUGCCGCCGCCAUCCACCGCUCCCGCCUCCUAUCCUCCCUCUUUGAAGACCUCAGCGACUCCACCUCCUCCUCCGUUUCUCUCACUCCUUCAUCCAUCCUCUGUCUCACCGAACUCCAUUCCAUCCUAUGCCGCACAAAAUCCCUCCUGAACGACCUCGCCGCCACCAGCGCUCUCUGGUCCCUUCUUCAACUUCAGUCCACCGCAAAGCGCUUUCACUCCUGUGCUCGAGAUCUAGCCUCUGCACUCGACAUCCUCCCCCUCACCCUCCUCUCCAUCUCCCCUGAUGUUCACGAGCAGGUCGCCCUCCUCCAUCGCCAAGCCAAGCGCGCUGCCCUCUUCAUCGAUCCCCGCGAACUCCGCCUCCGCGAUGAUCUGGUCGCCAUCAUGGCUCAGAAGCGCAACGAAAGGGCAUUCAUUGAUUUUAAGAAAUUGGAUCACAUCAUGCGCGUGCUUGGGUUGAAAUCCACCACUGCUUACAAGGAAGAAAUCGAUCGGCUCGAAUUUGAGAUCAUUAAGCAGGCCGGCACCGGUGGUUUCGUCGCUGUUUCCCACAUUGCGAACCUAAUUUCCCUCAUUUCUUGCUCAAAGCCUAUCAUUUUCCAAUCUAGCAAAUCCGACCAGACGCCCCUGCAGCCAUUGCCAUCGCGAGAUCUUAGUCGAUCGGUAUCUUGUCCUGUAUCGUCGACAACACUCUCAAGCUCGACAUCUUUCAUCAUCCCUGACGAAUUUCGAUGCCCGAUCACGCUUGAUUUAAUGAGGGAUCCUGUAAUCGUGGCAUCCGGGCACAGCUAUGAUCGGAUCGCUAUUUCAAGGUGGAUCAACUCCGGCCAUCACACUUGCCCUAAGAGUGGGAAUAAGCUAAUCCAUAUGGCUCUCAUCCCCAAUUACGCGCUAAAAAGCCUAAUCGAACAGUGGUGCAAAGAGCAUAACUUUUUAACCCCAUCACUCUUGCAGCGGAGCACCUCUGAAGCUGCGGAUUCCGUCUCCACCGUCGCGAAGGACCACAUCUCCGAGCUGAGAGCAGCAAUGGAAGCCGUCAGGAUGACUGCCGAGUUCCUUGUAGGAAAGAUUGCCACUGGUUCCUCAGCCGCGCAACGCCAAGCAGCCUACGAGCUCCGUCUCCUUGCAAAAACUGGAAUGGACAACUGUCGCAUCAUCGUGGAGGCUGGGGCCAUCCCUUUCCUCAUCACUCUACUUGUCUCCACGGAUGCCCAGACACAGGAGAACGCGGUGACCGUGCUGCUCAACCUCUCCAUUUUUGAUAAAAACAAAAUCCUGAUUAUGUCAUCGGGAGCGAUUGACGCCAUUAUCAGAGUACUAAUUGGAGGGAAGGCGAUGGAGGCGCGGGAGAAUGCUGCUGCUACACUAUUUAGUCUGUCAAUACUGGAUGAAUGCAAGUUGGCGAUAGGUGGGCGGGAAGAUGCGGUGGCGGGGCUAGUGGGGCUACUGAGGGAGGGGACGACAACGGGGAAGAGAGAUGCGGCAAUGGCGCUGUUCAAUUUGGCAGUUUACGGGCCGAAUAAGGUAAGGGUGGUGAAAGCAGGGGUGGUGAAGGUGUUGGUGGAUCUUCUAAUGGACGAUGAGGCGGGUGUCACCGACGAUGUGCUGGCUGUGCUGGCUCUGCUAAUUGGGUGUGAGGAGGGGAUAAGGGAGAUAAGGGAGAACAUGGUGGUGGAGGGGGUGUUGGUGGAAUUGUUGAGAUUUGGAUCGGAGAAGGGGAAGGAGAAUUCAAUUGUUGUGUUGUUGGGUUUGUUUAAAGAUGGAGGGGAGGAGAUGGGAAGGAGGUUGUUGAUGAAUCCAAGGAGUGUAUCUUCACUUCAGGGUUUGGUGGCUACUGGUUCUCCAAGGGCAAAGAGGAAGGCUGAUGCUCUACUUAGAUUGCUUAAUAGAUGUUUACAGUCUAAUUUUGCAUGUGUUUGA